GCCACAGAAUUAAUAAACAAUGAACUUCCUGGGGAUACAACUACUUCCCAGGUUACAAUUGUUAUUACAGAUAUUGAUGACCAAAUUCCAGUAUUUAAUGAGAAUAAUUUUCACAUCAACGUUUCAGAAGAUAUAGGAGCUGACACACCUUUACCAGGCUUGAAUAUGGUUGUUAAUGACCGUGAUGUUGGAGAAAAUGCUCGUUAUAAUUUACGCAUUCGUGAUGUUCACAACUCAGCUGGAACAUUUACAGUACAUCCAACAACUGCCACUGGACGUACUCCAGUUGUAAUAAGAGUUGCAAAUGUUGAAGGGUUAGACUAUGAUGUGUCAGAUCCUUCUCUUAGGAGAAUUGUAUUUGAUGUUAUGGCACUGGUUAAGGGGAAGCAGGAUUUAGAUAUUGCGGUGGCAAGUUCUCAAGUAAUUGUUGAUUUAGUUGAUGCCAAUGAUAACUCCCCUGUCUUCCCUCAUUCUGCAUAUCGUCUUCGUGUUUUGGAGAAUAUUCGUCCAGGGUCCUUAAUUUCUAACAUCACUGCAAAAGAUAUAGAUAGUAAAGAGUUUGGUAGCAUAACGUAUUUGAUCAAAGGCUUUGGAGCUGAAAAGUUUUUUACACAGUCAAAAGAAGGAGGUUUAUAUGUGGCUAAAUCUUCUCCAGGUUUAGAUUAUGAAACACAAAAGUCAUAUUCACUUACAUUUGAGGCCCGUGAUGGUGGAGGACGAGUGUCAACAGCAAAUUUGUUUGUGGAAGUUGAGGAUGUCAAUGACAAUGCUCCAGUCUUUGAGCAGAGGGAAUACAGCCGCACAGUGAGGGAAGGGGCAACAAGCUUCCAACCACAACUUUUUGUUCGGGCAACAGAUGCAGAUGGUCCAGAUCAAGGUGGAGGCAAAAUAUUUUACAGUAUCCAGACAUCUAAUGUUGAUAGUGAUAUAUUCUUUGUGGAGCCAGUCAGCGGAGAAGUUAAAAUGAAUGUUCCAGUUAACUCAGCUGACACACCACAUGGCCAGUAUGAACUUGUGAUCAGAGCUACAGAUGCAGGCAAGCCCCCUCUUCAUGAAGACACUCGAGUGCUGAUUCGUGUGGGAGUACCAGGCAACCAAAGACCAAUAUUUCGUGGUAACAGAAAUGUUGGAAAUGGUCCAUCAGGUUAUGCAGCUACAGUUGCAGAGAAUGCAGAACCAGGAACUGAAGUUGUGCAAGUCAUAGCCACGGACCCUGAUGGUCAAGACUCACUUCUCAAUUAUUUUAUAGCUGGAGGUGCUAGGGACAAUUUUGUCAUCAACCAAAGAUCUGGUCAGAUCAGAGUCUCACCCGAUGCUCGUCUUGACCUCGAAACUGGAGGUUCACAUUAUGAUAUAAUUGUCCAUGCUGUUGAUUCUGGUGUACCAAUAAGAGAGACAGCCACUGCUACUGUUGCAGUGCAGAUAAUGGAUGUGAACAAUAAACCUCCUGUCUUCCCUACAAACGAUGCUUCAGCUUUUGUUCGCUAUAUAUCAGAGAGAGUACCAGUUGGUGAACCUGUGCUGACGGUAACAGCGACAGAUCCGGAUUCAGAUGCCAAUCUGGAAUACUCCAUAGUAGAACCCAUUCGAGCUGCAGACAGAACAGGAGUGGCUCUGAAAUCCACCAUUCCCUAUAAUUACAAAGAGACGUUCAAAAUAAACUCAACCACAGGUGAAGUGUCUGUAGCGAAGCCACUAGAUCACCAAGCAGCAGCAGUAAUCAUCAUCACAGUUCAAGCCACUGAUUUAAAUGCAGUUGAACAUAUUGAAGAGCAAUCUGCAAAAGCUGAAGUUACUGUUUAUAUUCAGGCAUACAGCGACAACAAUCCGGUGUUUCUAAUGUCUACAUGGACCCCAACAAACCCUGUCAUAAAGGUGGCAGUAGUAGAAGAACAGCCAGUGGGAACAACCUUACUGACAUUAACGGCGAAAGAUCCUUUGAAAGGGAAGCUUAUUACACAAUUUGAGGAAGUUAAAAGUGCAAGACUGCAAGAUGCCGAGGAUUUUGUCAGAGUGGAUCAAUCAGGAAUCAUAAUUCUAAAUAAGAGACUGGAUUAUGAAAGCUUACAACAAAAGUCAUUGAGUUUCCAAGUUCGAGCUGUUUCUGAUGAUAAGAGCAGGACCACGGAAGCAACAGUGGUUAUUCAAGUUGAAGACAUAAAUGACAAUAGUCCACAAUUUUCUCAAGAGAAUUAUAAAACCAGAGUGUUUGAGUCUGCAAAAUAUCCUGAAUCAAUAUUAACUGUGAGAGCCAAUGAUCUGGAUAUGGAUGAUAACAAAACAGGUUAUGGAGCUGUUCGAUACACCUUGAGUGGAGAAAGUGCUGCAUUGUUUGUUAUUGAUCCUGUAUCAGGGGUGAUUCAAAUUGCUCCAGGUGUUACACUGGAUAGGGAGAAGCAGCCAGUAGUGAGGUUCACUGCUGUGGCAUCAGAUACUCCGCAAGGCGGCAGUGAACAGCGCAAGUCUAGUGCUGUGGUAUCAGUAGAUGUUCUUGAUGUGAAUGAUAAUGCUCCAGCAUUCACGAAGCACAUAUACUCAGCAGUUGUGCCAGAAAAUGUAGCAGUAGGUGCCGAUGUUAUUACUGUAACAGCAGUGGACCCUGAUGAUGGAGCUGGCGGAGAAGUAACCUAUGAUCUAUCCAAUGAAGGAGAGGCCAGUGGAUUGUUUGCAGUCAAUCAUACCACGGGACAUAUCACUACACAGAGGGCUCUGACUGGCAAAGGUCGUACAGAACCCUACCAUCUGAUGGUGCGAGCCCAGGAUGGAGGGAACCCCUCCUUAUCAACGGAUGUGCCACUUAGCAUAUUUAUAGGAGAUGUUUUCACCAAUGAUGGAGUUCCACUCUUUAUUCGACCAACACUCAAUGAAGUUGCUAAAGUUUCUGAGAAUUCUUCAAUUGGUUCACCAGUUUUCCAAGUGAUGGCUACAGAUCCUGAUGAUCCAAAUACACCAAAUGGUAGAGUCUCAUAUAAAUUCCUAGAUGAUGGAUUGGAUGCAUCUGCAUUCAAUAUUGAUGGUAAGAGUGGACUCAUCAGCACAAGGCAGUUGCUUGACCGAGAGCAAAAGGAAAAUUAUACUUUGAUCAUUGUUAUUCAAGACAAUGGUGAACCUCCUCAGCAAGCAAGCAGAGUGUUACAGGUUCAAGUGCUUGAUAUCGAUGAUCACAAGCCUCUGUUUAUACGUGGAUUGGAUGAUGAACCGCAGAUCAUGACUGUGAAUGAAGAAAUGAAUGUUGGUUCAAAGGUUGGAAAUGUCACAGCAGUUGAUGAGGACAUUGGUGAAAAUGGCAUGAUUGAUUACCUUAUAACAUAUGGUAAUGAGGAUGGACUAUUUUCUAUAAACCGCACAUCAGACAACAAGGGGAUGAUUACUGUAGCAAAGAGAGUUGAUCGAGAAACAGCCUCGGAACAUUUAUUGACCGUGAAGUGUUUCAAGAAAUCUGCCAAACCUCAUAGUUUGAGGAAACAGUAUAACAGACAGGAUCCAUCAGAAAGGCAAGUUAAGAUUGUAGUAUUGGAUAUUGAUGACAACAAGCUGGUUUUCACAAAAGAUAAUAUCACUAUAGGUGUUCGCCUGAAUGUGCCAGUGGAUACUUCUCUUCUUACAUUGGAGGCUGUUGACAUUGAUUCAGACUCUCAGCCUAUCACAUACAGGCUAGCCAACUCAACAUUCUUCUCUCUGGCACCAUCAGUUAUAGACACAGUGCCAGUGUCAGCCAAUCACAGUACAGUAUUUAGACUUAAUAAUGAAACAGGAGAACUGAGAACGGCCAGCAGUAUGGUUGGCUUUGUGGAUGGUUUCUUUGAGUUGCAGGUGACUGCAAACAACACUGAAGUUGCUGGCAGAGAAGUGAACACCACAAUCAAGAUAUUUGUGCUACGUGAUCGAGAUCUGUUGAAGUUUGUGUUCAGCAAACCGCCAACAGAUGUGAGGAGAGUUCUUAAUGAAUUUCAGAGGGAAGUAGAGAGGGCACUGUUGCUUCCUGUCAGUCUCAACAUUUAUGACACACAGUUCUAUGCUAAAGAAGAUGGCAGUCUUGAUUUCAGCAGCACAAGCUCAUGUUUCCAGUUGGUUGGUAAGGAAAGCUAUGAUCUUAAUGAUAUGCAAUCAUUGCUUCAGGAUCCUAACAACGUUGACCUGAAUGAUGUUUAUGACAAGUACAACGUCCAAGGCGUUCAGAGAUGUGCGCCCCUUAUUGCUAAAGCUGAGGCCUCUUGGAUUCAACUCUGGGUACUUGCAAUUGCAUGUUUCAUUGGGUUGGGUGCACUGAUGGCAGGGAUAACCACAUGCUGUUUACAUGGGAGGUACAAACGUCAUGUGAAGCGCAGCCUGUUACGGGACUGUCCCCGAGUUCCUGUUUCUAGUAUCGGGUAUUUAUCUAGUACCGGAGGCCCUCCUACCAUGAUAAUAACACCCUCAUCUGCGAUAUCAGAAGGACCACGAAUGUAUGAAUGGGCCCAUGAUGGCCCAGUGUUACCUCCAGGACAUGAUAACAUGUCAUACCAUAGUUUUCCAACAAGGUAAUAUUUCAUAUUUCUGACGUUUUAUUAUUGCUGUUAAAACAGAUAUUAAAUUUUGUUAACAGAUUGUAUAAAUUAAAUACACAUACAUAUAUCUCAUUUCAGAGUCACGAUGAUUGUUGUCUCUGCCAUUAAUUGUAGUACAAAUUGGUUCAGGAAAAUGCUUCCAAUUUCCCUUAGAUUUUAGUUAAUUUCUCGUAUCUGUAACAUGACUGAAAUACAGAAAUAUGAAUACAAAUUCUACUGUGUAUCUCACAUUAUGGUCUUGCACUAAUAUCUCCAAGUAAAGUAUUUUGUAUGUUUCUUUUUAUUCAGGGCUAAUAUUUGUAGGAAAGUAGGCUUGUGAAAUCACCAUUUUCCUCUCCUUCAAACAUUGGGGUUAAUAUGAGAAUUUUAUGGCGCUAAAGAUUUGGAUUGUGUUCUUUUGGAUUAUGGCACCAUCAUACUCUGGUAGCUGGUUACCAGUAUUUGAUGGGACCUUGGACAUCAGUUCUACCCUGAAGUUAGAGGCACAUAGCAGUGCAUCCCAGAAGGUCUUCAUCUUGAAGGAACCUUAAGUUUUGCAGGCUCCUCAAUACUGGUGACCCCCAAUAAAACUAGAUGUUGACAUAAUCUGGUAGACCACAAUCCAAUUCAAGUUUGAUGUUUAGAUAUUGUGCUUUUAUUUAUCUCAAUUCGGUUAUACUGAAAGGUUCUUGAUCAAUACCUUGCCAGCCAUG